GUUUAAUAUUUAUACCAGAAACUUUUUAACAAGUCUUAGAAGUGUGCAUGUCUGUUAUUGCUCUGUGAGGACAGUUCUGGAAAUAUUGCACUGAUUUAAUAACACUUGUGGACCUUACCCAGAUUCCAGAAAUGGCCCAUUUGAAUUCUAGGCUGCUUUACUUGGCCGUAGGUGUCUUCUUCAGUGGAUCAGCCCUUCACAAAUUAAUGAAGAACAAGGUGAAGAUUGAAAAUGCCUCUGUCUCUGGUCUCCUGUCACUGCUCAUACUGGGCAUUUUCUGUUUCUUCGUUUUGUCUGACACUGCUGGCUUAACUCUAUUAACUCUUGCAUGCACCAUAUAUUAUUAUUCCAUACCUGUCAGAGACAUGCUAAGCGCGGAAGGAAAAUCUGUACUUAUUACAGGGUGUGAUUCUGGGUUUGGACACGCACUAGCUAAGCACCUGGAUAAACUGGGUGUUCAUGUCUUUGCUGGUGUUUUGGAUAAGAAAGGGCCUGGUGCUGAAGAACUGAAAAGGGUUUGCUCAACACAUCUUUGCCUAAUCCAACUUAAUAUCACCAAUUGUGAGGAGAUAAGGAAGGCCUACAAGGAAAUCAGCAGUUACAUUCAAGAUGCAGGAUUAUGGGGCAUUGUGCACAAUGCUGGGGUACUUGGCUAUGUGGCUGAUGGAGAACUAAUUCCUUUCAGUGUAUAUAGGCAAUGCAUGGAAGUAAAUUUCCUUGGUGCAGUUCAGGUUACUCAAAUAUUUGCUCCAUUGCUGCGGAAAUCCAAGGGAAGGCUAGUUAGCAUCUCCAGCAUGGGAGGACACGUUCCGCUUAAUGGGUUUGCAGCGUAUGCCUCAUCCAAAGCAGCUCUUUCAAUGUUCUCUGCAGUGAUGCGACAAGAUCUCUCCAAAUGGGGUGUAAAAGUUGCUGUUGUUUGCCCAAGUGGAUUCAGAACAAAUAUUUUUGGUUCUCAAAACCAAGUCAUUUUGGAUAAUGUAAUGCCAGAUGUGAAAGAAGAUUAUGGUGAAGACUAUAUAGAAAACUUAAAGGGCCUUUACCAUACAUUGCACAAGUUUGGUUCUUCUGAUCUCUCACCUGUCAUGGAAGAUGCGUGCCAUGCUUUACUGGCUCAAACCCCAAAUUUCUUAUAUACACCAGGAAGAUUAGCUUACUUAAUUCCAUGUUUGUACUAUUAUUUUCCUCAGUGGAUUUCUGAUUGGAUGGGGAUGCAAGCCUUCCAGAUAUCCAGAAACAUGCUUCCCAGGGCUUUAAGGAAUAAUAACAAGAGCAUCUAGUAAGUAAAAUUAGACAAAAAACCUCAACUUGAAAUUGGACUAUUUGAAGAAUAUUAUGAAUAUGUACAUUUUUUUUUCUUUCAAAAUUUAAAGUUUGUUAACUUUGCUACAGGAACAAAAGUGAUGUUAUCCUUAACAAAUGACUGGAAUAAUUAUUUCUCUAGAGAUCACUGUGAUGGAGCUACAUUGGGACCAUUCAUGGAUCACACAACACUUUUUAAUCAAAAUGUUUUUUAAGUUGCAAGUUAUAUUAUAUAUUAAGAUCACACCCAAGUCUGUCAACUUUAUUGCCAAAUUAAUAAAUCCACCAAACAUUUAACAAAUUACCAUAUCAGUGUAUGGUUUUGGAUAGGUAAUUAAAGUUUAUUAUUAUAAUGUGCUUUUGUAAAAAUGUGGUGACCAAGCACAAGGCAGUCUAUUAGUCUUAAACUAAAAAAAGUCAUCAUUUAUAUAGCGCAAGCAAAUUAUGCAGCACUUUACAUUAAAUUCUAACAAACAAUAUUUUAACAAACAAGGAUAUACAGAGUAACAAUAGGAUCAGAGGGCCCAACUCACAAGAGCUUACAAUCUAAAUGACUGAAGCCCAUGGAGCCACAACUCUUGUUCUGCACCAUCAGCCAUACAGUUAAUGCAGUGUCAGACUGGGCUAGCGGGACACCAGAUAAAUACCCGAUGGGCCCCACUGACCCAGGCCCACUGUCUCGCCAAGACGUUCUUCUCUCCCCUAGCUGGAACCAAUCACAGCACUUAAUUAAGCUGGAGGGAAAUACAUGCUGCAAUGCAUA